CCUUCAACAGAAUCAACAACAAGUUCUACCGAUACUUCAUCUACUUCUACUUCAUCUACUUCUACUGGCACCCCAUCAACCCCGACAACUGACACAUCAACAACUACAGAAUCAACAACAAGUUCUACCGAUACUUCAUCUACUUCUACUGACACCCCAUCAACCCCGACAACUGACACAUCAACAACUUCAACAGAAUCAACAACAAGUUCUACCGAUACUUCAUCUACUUCUACUGACACCCCAUCAACCCCGACAACUGACACAUCAACAACUUCAACAGAAUCAACAACAAGUUCUACCGAUACUUCAUCUACUUCUACUGGCACCCCAUCAACCCCGACAAUUGACACAUCAACAACUUCAACAGAAUCAACAACAAGUUCUACCGAUACUUCAUCUACUUUUACUGACACCCCAUCAACCCCGACAACUGACACAUCAACAACUUCAACAGAAUCAACAACAAGUUCUACCGAUACUUCAUCUACUUCUACUGACACCCCAUCAACCCCGACAACUGACACAUCAACAACUUCAACAGAAUCAACAACAAGUUCUACCGAUACUUCAUCUACAUCAACAACUUCAACAGAAUCAACAACAAGUUCUACCGAUACUUCAUCUACUUCUACUGACACCCCAUCAACCCCGACAACUGACACAUCAACAACUACAGAAUCAACAACAAGUUCUACCGAUACUUCAUCUACUUCUACUGACACCCCAUCAACCCCGACAACUGACACAUCAACAACUUCAACAGAAUCAACAACAAGUUCUACCGAUACUUCAUCUACUUCUACUGACACCCCAUCAACCCCGACAACUGACACAUCAACAACUUCAACAGAAUCAACAACAAGUUCUACCGAUACUUCAUCUACUUCUACUGGCACCCCAUCAACCCCGACAAUUGACACAUCAACAACUUCAACAGAAUCAACAACAAGUUCUACCGAUACUUCAUCUACUUUUACUGACACCCCAUCAACCCCGACAACUGACACAUCAACAACUUCAACAGAAUCAACAACAAGUUCUACCGAUACUUCAUCUACUUCUACUGACACCCCAUCAACCCCGACAACUGACACAUCAACAACUUCAACAGAAUCAACAACAAGUUCUACCGAUACUUCAUCUACUUCUACUGACACCCCAUCAACCCCGACAACUGACACAUCAACAACUACAACUUCAACAGAAUCAACAACAAGUUCUACCGAUACUUCAUCUACUUCUACUGACACCCCAUCAACCCCGACAACUGACACAUCAACAACUUCAACAGAAUCAACAACAAGUUCUACCGAUACUUCAUCUACUUCUACUGACACCCCAUCAACCCCGACAACUGACACAUCAACAACUUCAACAGAAUCAACAACAAGUUCUACCGAUACUUCAUCUACUUCUACUGACACCCCAUCAACCCCGACAACUGACACAUCAACUGCUACUUUUGAGUUUUCUUCAUCUACAAUCGGAUUUUUUAGUUCUUCCGUUGUUACUUCAGUUAUUUCUCAUACCUCCACCUCAGUAUCUACUGCUUUUCCAGAUAUGGGGUAUCUGCACGUGCUACAGCUGCAAUUGCUACAGCAACACUAAUUGAUGCAUGAUUAA